CACGUGACUUCAUAGCAGACAAGAUGGCGGCGACAGCUGGGAGCAACCCAUACAGUGGACUGCUGAAGGACAUCACGAUCGAUGGGAAGGAAUAUAAAUACUACAAUCUCCCAGACCUCAAUGACAGCCGAUAUGACAAGCUGCCCUACUCUGUGAGGGUCCUGCUCGAGUCGGCCGUGAGGAACUGCGAUGAGUUCCAGGUCCUCAAGAAGGAUGUGGAGAACAUACUCGACUGGGAGAAACAGCAGGCGAACAGUGUGGAGAUCCCCUUCAGGCCCGCCAGAGUCAUCCUGCAGGACUUUACGGGUGUUCCUGCAGUUGUAGACUUCGCCACCAUGAGAGACGCCAUCAAACGUCUCGAAGGUGAUCCGGACAAGAUCAACCCAGUCUGCCCAGCUGACCUUGUGAUAGACCACUCAGUGCAAGUGGAUGUGGCCAGGAGUCGUCUCCAAUAUUCACCUAACCCUGGGAGGCGGGGUCACACCAGUUCAAAGUUCAAACCAGGGUCAAGGUCAACCUCUUGCAGCAUAUGCUCAUCUUCAGGGAUUCCUGUUUUAGAUUCUGUAUGUCCGUUUCACGGGCACAAAACCAGCGGUGCUGAUGCUUUGGAGGAGAAUGAAAAACUGGAGUUUGAGAGAAAUAAAGAAAGGUUUCUCUUCUUGAAGUGGGGUGCCAAGGCAUUGAAGAACAUGCUGAUAGUACCCCCGGGCUCGGGCAUUGUCCACCAAGUCAACCUGGAGUAUCUGGCCCGAGUGGUGUUCAGCUCUGACGGAGUUCUCUACCCUGACAGUGUGGUCGGCACCGAUUCCCACACCACCAUGAUCAACGGCCUCGGAGUAGUUGGAUGGGGUGUUGGCGGUAUCGAGGCCGAAGCUGUGAUGUUAGGCCAGUCAAUCAGCAUGGUGCUGCCGCAGGUCGUGGGAUACAAACUAACUGGCUCUCUCAACCCUCUAGUCACCUCUACCGAUGUCGUUCUCACCAUCACCAAGCAUUUACGUCAGAUCGGUGUUGUAGGAAAGUUUGUGGAAUUCUUUGGCCCUGGAGUGACGGAUCUGUCUAUCGCUGACAGAGCUACCAUCUCCAACAUGUGUCCUGAGUACGGAGCCACCGUGGGCUACUUCCCAGUGGACGCCAUGAGUAUUGUGUAUCUCCGACAGACAGGCAGAGCAGAAGAGAAGUUGAACUUCAUUGAGAAAUACAUGAAGGUGAACAAGAUGUUCCGUGACUUCAGUGACGCCUCUCAGGACCCAGUCUUCUCACAGGUCGUCGAACUUGACCUUGCCAGUGUAGUUCCUUGCUGCUCUGGGCCCAAACGUCCUCACGACCGUGUAUCCGUCUCCGACAUGAAGUCGGACUUCCUCAGUUGCCUGUCAACCAAGGUUGGCUUCAAGGGUUUUGGCCUAUCCGAGGACAAGCUGUCGACAACAGUGCCUAUUGUUUUCGACAAUCAGGAAUACACCAUUAAUCACGGCUCUGUCGUCAUUGCUGCCAUCACCAGCUGCACCAACACCAGCAACCCCUCCGUCAUGCUGGGAGCAGGUCUCCUGGCCAAGAAGGCUGUAGAGGCAGGGCUGUCCGUGAAGCCCUACAUCAAGACUAGUCUCUCCCCGGGCAGCGGAGUCGUCACUUACUAUCUCCGCGAGAGUGGGGUCACACCCUAUCUGGAAAAACUAGGGUUCAGUAUCGUAGGGUAUGGCUGUAUGACGUGUAUAGGAAACAGUGGACCUCUUCCUGACGCAGUGGCUGAGGGGAUAGAGAAGGGCGACCUGGUGACCUGCGGUGUUCUGUCCGGCAAUCGUAACUUUGAGGGGCGUAUACAUCCACUGACCAGAGCCAAUUACCUGGCUUCACCCCCACUGGUGAUAGCCUACGCCCUGGCAGGAACUGUCUGUAUAGACUUCGAGACACAGCCACUAGGUACAACACCUGAAGGCAAGGACGUCUACCUGCGCGACAUCUGGCCCACCAGACAAGAUAUCCAGGAAAUCGAGAAGGAGAACGUGGUACCGGCUAUGUUUCAAGAUGUUUACUCUAGAAUAUCUAAGGGAAACACUAGGUGGAACUCACUCGAGGCUCCGGACACCAUGCUGUUCCCAUGGGACGACAGCUCCACCUACAUCAAGUCUCCGCCAUUCUUUGACGGCAUGACAAGGGAAUUGCCUUCCACCCUGCCUAAAGUUACCGACGCCCAUGUGCUGCUGAACUUAGGGGACUCGGUGACCACAGAUCAUAUCUCACCCGCUGGGAGCAUUGCCAGGAACAGCAGCGCUGCAAGAUACUUGUCCAGCAGAGGCCUGGUGCCACGACAGUUCAACUCAUACGGGUCUCGGCGAGGGCAUGACUCAGUCAUGGCACGUGGUACAUUUGCCAACAUCCGAUUGGUGAACAAGUUUGUUAGCAAGCCAGGUCCCAGGACUGUUCAUAUACCAAGUGGAGAGGAGAUGGACGUGUUUGACGCAGCUGAGAGAUACCGCAAAGAUAACAAGACGCUGGUUAUUCUGGCCGGCAAGGAUUACGGGUCCGGGUCAUCACGAGACUGGGCAGCAAAGGGCCCGUUCAUACUUGGUGUGCGGGCUGUUAUAGCCGAGUGUUGUGAGCGUAUUCACCGCAGCAACCUAGUUGGGAUGGGUCUGAUUCCUCUGCAGUACCUGGAUGGUCAGACGGCUGACACACUCAAGCUCACUGGAAAAGAAACCUUCACCAUAACUAUCCCUGAAGACAUUCAACCAGGCCAGGUCAUCGAGGUCAAGCUUGGUGACGGUCGAUCAUUCCAAGCAAAGGCUCGCUUCGACACUGAAGUGGAAUUGACGUACUUCCGCAACGGCGGUAUCCUUAACUACAUGAUCCGCCGCAUGCUGUAGACAUCCCCGUUGGACGUCCGCAACAUCGGUUCUCACAUUUUGAGAGCCGGGUUCCAUUCUCAGUGUAUUACUCUUGAGAACUGCACCAUGGCCCAUAGCGAUAUAGGCAUAUAGUCUUGCUGAAUAUUCUCUUGCAUGUAUGAAUGGAUUAUCAGAAAACCAAAUCUACUGGACAAAUGUGAUAAGAAUUUUGUUUUUGAAGUAUACUGCUCAACUUUUCAAGGGAUAAUCAGAAAUGUCAAUAUAUCUAAAUAUGAACUUGACAUAUUUUGAAAAUCAGUUUUGUUUAUCAUGGGCUGAUACACAAUAUUCUAUCAGAAGUAGAAUGGUUUAUCCUAUUUAUCAGACUUUGUAUAUUCCACUUUUCUUUGUCAGUGUUGAUGGUCAUGUUCUACAGAACAAACUGGUUGAUGAUGUAGUCCGAAUUACACACUGGAAAAGCAGAAACUGCUUGAAAAUCUAACAACUUUUACGACCGAUGGAUAAUCAUGAGAAAAAUGUACAACUUGAGAUCACUACUUAAUACUAGCGUCAUAAAACUAUUCACAUACUCUUUAGUUACACUGGUAAUAUGGUGGACAGUUCACUAGGGGAGCUAACUUGGUAGAAAACAAGUUGAGACCCACUAGAAAUGUUGGAUGCAUGUUGAAUUAAGAUAUAUCACUUUCCAAAUCAGUCAAAAUAUAUGGAACUGCCAUUACUACAUGUACUGAAAUCCUAUCCUGUGUUUCAGUGUUUACAACCUGUUACCAUAGUUACAUACUUGUUAUGUUGUGGGUGAGAUUGUUACUUGGUUGAAAGAUGGUACUUGUUGUACAACUGUUUCUGUUGGUAUGAUUUUGUUUGAGUUUUAAUCAGAGAUUUUUCUUUUGAAAGAUAAUUUUACAGAUUACUAUCCAGAUUUCGUUGUUGUUUUAAUACUUUGUGGAUCACUUAAGAUUUGAUUACAUUUUUGAAAGGUAAGUACUGAUAUAAAAAUUAACUUAGAUAUUACCUCCAUCUUGGAAUCGAAUAAGGGGUGAAGUAGAGAAAGAUGUUUGAAUCUAGAUGUAAGAAUUCAUCCAGUUUGAUGAAAUUUACUUUUCAUAUCAAGUCAUUAACAAAACGUUGCAAAGGGAAGAAGAUUGUGUAACUGUGAUAAUAAAAGGUGUCACUUUUUUCUGAACAUGAGAGAUUCGUUUCCUGAAAGUGCCAUUAUUUUAUGCUUCCACUAACCCCUGAUUUGAUGUUCCUGAAAGUCUUUGAGAGCCAAGCUCAAUGGUUGCCAUAAUGAAUUAUAUACAUGAAGUCAUAACAUAUGAAAUCAUGAAAGUAUUUUCCGAGAUGGUAUGAAUGGAUUCUAUAUUGUUCCCCUGCAUUAAACAUUCGCUCUGCUUGUAAUACCCUGCUUGUGUAAAUGGUUGGAUGUUGAUGUCCGAAUGACUGUCAUUUGAUCCACGAAUCAUUGUAUUUAGUUGUAUGGAAACAUGUAUGUGACGGGAGGGUGUUGUCAAACUGCCAGUGGAGUUUCAAGUAUGGCAAUAAAAGUAGAUUGUGAUACUGGUA